AUGGAUUCUAGAACGAUUCAGAUGAAACUUCCAACAUUAAAAAAAUUAAAACCAUUAAAAAGUACAUCAUAUACUAACGAUCACAUAAAUGGGUUAGAUUUUUCGGAUAAUGGAAGUUUUUUGAUGGUAUCCACAAAGGAUACAGUUUUAGAUAUAUAUAAUGUUAUGACAUUUACUAAAGAAUACUCACUUAAUAUUAAUGAUAGUGGUGCAUGUUGUCCAAAAUUUUUUGCUACCGAUUUAAAUGGUCUUCAUGGGGCUACAAAAAGAAAUGAAAAAUCAAAUACUUUUGAUAUAUUACAUUUUGAUUUAUUUAAACUUGCUUACAGGACACGGUUUAUAGGUUGUGAUGAUGAAAUUAAUACAAUUGUCCAGAUACCAUGUUCAACGAUAUUUUUUUCAACAGAUAAAAAAGGUAUACUUAAUCAAUGGGAUAUUCGAAUAAAUCAUCCAACAGUAAAAUUAAGACCUGUAUCAUCUAGUAGUCGUGUAAAUGAUUAUGUUGGAGUUGCUGUGGAGUCAAAUAAUGUUUUAUGUUUAUGUUAUGAAAAUCAAUUUUAUCUUUAUGAUGCAAGAAACUUAAAUCAAUUUUUUGCUCAAUCAAAUAUCUCUUCUGAGAAUGUUGGAAAUGUCUGUAGUAUGAAAUUUUCUCCAUGUGAAAAAUUUGUUGGUUUUAUGACAAAUGAAAAUUCAGUUCAUCUAUUAGAUUCUUAUGAUCUUGUGGAAAAAAAUAAAAUUGUUGUUGGGAGCAAAUCUUUUCCAACAACUUCAGGAUGGGAUUUUACUCCAUGUGGAAGAUAUAUAGUUACUGGAAAUAGUGCUAAUGGACUUAAUCUUUAUUCAUGUAUAAGUGGUGAAUUAUUGUAUAAUGAUAAAAAGAUAAAUCAAAAUGCAUCGGUAAAUAUGUUAUUUAAUGACAACUACUAUGCAAUGGCUGUUGGAGGUGAUAAUUUAUCCAUGUGGGCUCCACUUUUGUAA